GUCGUUCCGCAACGAGCCAGCCAGCUGGGCGGCUGACGGAGCGGCCGUCUUCUUCGAGGUCUGCGUGACUUCUGUAAACCGUCCUCUCUUCUGUCACUAUCUCGACCAAGGCCUCUGCCUGAGCUCGAAGUUCGUCUGCCGAGUACGCAGUCCGUUUGGAAGUGUCCAGCGAUCCGUCUCAGUCUUGCGGUGAUGGCGACUCAGGCUCUCUCGGAGGCGCUUUCGUCUGCUUUAUCGAUCGCUGGUUCGCCCUCCGCUCCGUAGCUCUUACAAACUCCGACCUGGGCCAGGGUCUCGUCGAGUCGCUGAAGAUCCGUCCCGCGAAGCUGGACCUAUCGUGCGGUCCUCUCAAUGCGGCGUCCGUCGUGCGCUUUCCGUCCAAGAAGAUGAAGAAGCGCAAGGAGUUAGACGCCUUGGUCUCGUCCAGGGCGCCUCCGGGAAGAGAAUUGCUCAAAAAGAACGAAUCGGAAUCGUCAGACAUGGAAGACUACACGGUGCUGGCACCAUACCGGCUCCCGCCGCGAAAGAAGCACAACGGGCGAGGGUCGUCGCGCCCUGCCUGCAUCCCAGCAUGCCUGGUGCUGGUGGCAGGAGCUGCGGCUGCAGGAGCACUCGUCUGGCUCCACCUGGGUCUGCGCAGGGACUUUGACACUCUCCGUUCUCACCUGAACACAGUGGAUGCAGAGAACAAACAGCUCCCGGGGACACUGCACGACAUCCACUCACAACUGAAGCAGCUUAAACAUAAUAUGACUUCCUUGGCUGCUGACCUGAAGAAGGCCACAGGAAAUGCAGCAACCCUUGCCAAGGAGGUGUCAGAUCUAAAGGCGACAACCUCGGACUUGCACGACAGUGUGGCAGCUGCACCGCAAAUUAAGGCCCUCCCGAAUGCAGUCGAGCACCUCAAGAAGAAUGUGGCUAACUUAGGCAGCCAAGUGUCCACUCUAGAAAGCAACAUUGGCAUGCUGAAGGAGCAGCAUGCUGCUGUGCAGGGUCUCGAAGCACGGGUUGCCGAACUACAGGGCGCACUGAACUUAACGUCCGAGAUGAACGAGACGCUAUUCCGACACUUCGGGGACGUGGAGACCUGCAUGGCAGGCAUGAACGCGUCCCUGACUUCCGUCUUGGCCGACGUGCGGCACCACGACGAGCAGCUGGAACAGUUGAAGGAGACCUGCGGACUCAACUGCACCCAGACGUGGGGCCGAACGCCGGAAGAGACGGUGCAGCAAAUCAUGGGGACUUCUGAUACGACUCAAGCACUAAGAGAAGCUCAACAUUUGGUAGAACUCUACAAAACGCUGGCUCAAAGGUUGAAUGUGAGCAUUGGCAUCGACUGGCCAGGGGAACAGGAGGGUGUCGGAGCCCUGCUGAAUGCCCUGACACGACUGAUGAAAAAUGGAGCCGUCCAAGUUGUUCCGCAGAGGGUUCCCCAGAGUAUGGACACAACACAAGAAACCGACACCACCACCAUUCCACCACCUCCCCGCGUGAGUUCCUCACAGGGGGGCGGCCCCCCCAUGGCCAAUCCCCCACGAGCCAGCAACAUCACCCGUCCCACCACGUGAGCUGUCCCUCGAGAGGCUCCUGGUCAAGAGCCGCAGUCCAUAAUCCGUGCCACUUUUAAAAAAGAGUCCGUCGACAAUCUCGGUAGGGCCUGCAACGAGAAUGAACUAUAUUGAAAUAGCGUGCAGAUUGCCGGCCCCCGAAUAGUAUUUUAUGAGCCAAGGAAAGGGAGAAAGCUUGCAGAGGGGGGCGAACGCCCCCUUCUUUUCAAGUGCAGAGCGAGGUGGGUGCUGUGUGGAAUGGUCACAUAAUUAUCCCUAGAACUCAUAGUGUUAGCAUCACUCAAAGGUGCUGUAGUGAGUGUAGAAUCCAAUUCUUCCCUUUGUCUCAACGUAAGCUUCAAAUAAAUUCUAUCGACAAAUUGUU